AGACAGAAGACGAAAGAGAUAUGUAUGAGAUAUGAUAGCAGAACUAUCAGCAUAGAAGGUGGAGGGAGGAGAAGGAAAUGUUGAGGAUGGUGAUGGGCUUGGGCAACCCAGCGUCUUCCGUCCAUUCUUCUUACUGUGUUUUAAUCCCAAGAAAUCCGAACAAAACUCCUCACACCCAACAUCCAGUCUUCAAAAUCAAUCACGCCCGUCAUUCUGAUUUCCACUAUAAAACAUCCGCUACUAGUUUUACGUCUUGUCGUCUACAUGCUCGACGAAAGGAAAGCAUUGCUCCUCCAGCUGUCGUGAGCGAUCUCGAUGAUGAAUAUGAUGAUUUUGACGAUGAUGAGCUUGAUUAUGACGAUAAAGAUGAAGAUGAAGAAGAGUUUAUGCCAUUUGGGAAGAUGAAGAAGUGGCUUGAGACAAAACCACGUGGGUUUGGUGGGAGCAAAGUUUAUGAUACUCGUGUUGAAGACAAGCUGCUUGAAGAAAUUGAGCAGAGCAGACUUGCUCAGGCUGCUAAUAUUAAUAACCUCAAAUAUCCUAAUCCUGCUGCACCCAACAAGACUCACCAUCAAGCUAAGAACGCACCCGAUGUUAUUCCAACUGGCAUUCGUGUGCAUGUCAUCAACCUUCCGAAGAAGAAGAACAUCCACAGAGAUUUGAAAACAGCUUUUAAAGAUGUUCAAGGUAUUAUUAAUAUAAUCCCAGCUGUUUCUGGAAACAAGAAGACAAAAGAUCCUAUUUGCAAGGGCUUUGCUUUUGUUGAUUUCAAGUCGGAGGAGGAUGCUGCUAGGUUUGUGCAACAAUUUUCUAAGCAAAGCAUAGCAUUUGGCAAGAUUCAGAAGCAGAUAAAAUGUGAGAUGAAAAAUUCAAGCUCUUUAUCGUCUUCUGAUGAUGGAAUUUAAGAUGGAGAACCAAAAAUUUCACUUUGUACAUACUUUUAAAAUUGAAUGUUUUGUUUCAUCUAUUGAAAUUCCUAGAAAGAGCGUUAAACAUGUCUUGUUGUCUGAAAAGUUGUCAAUCAAAACAUGGCAAAAAAUUCAGUCUAACUGUAUGGAUAAGCCACCACGUGUAGUUUUAACAGACAAUCCACAAUAUUUUGCAUUCUGGAUCAUUGUUGUAUCAAGAAGUAUUCCAAUAUACAUCCUGUGUAGCACAGUUCAUCUCAUCAACCUGUGUGAACUCAUCUGAUUGAUUAGAACGGAAUUUUUUUAUCGGAAAUGUAUUCCUAUCAUGACAGGUUUGUGCAACAAUUUUCUAAGCAAAGCAUAGCAUUUGGCAAGAUUCAGAAGCAGAUAAAAUGUGAGAUGAAAAAUUCAAGCUCUUUAUCGUCUUCUGAUGAUGAGUCAGCUGGCAGCUUCGCCUCUGACAUAUCUAAAUCUGAUGGCAUGGAUGAUUCUUUUGAUGAUCCCCUAUUGAUGAAUUCUGUCACAGAAGGAGAGAGAAGUGCUGAUUUCAAAAUGGAUGAUUCUUUCCUUGAAGAAACAGUCUCUGACAUAUUUGAAUCUGAUGACCUGGAUGAGGAGCUAAAAGAUAUAACAGAGAACGUGGAAUCUGUAAGCAAAUCAGACUUGAGCAGUUAUGAUAGUUCAGAACCAAGGAUGGAAGCAGCUACUGAUUCACUUUCCCCAAAGAAACAACAUAAAAAACGGGCUUCUAAGAAAAAGAUAAUAGCAAAGGGAGGGGCAAAGAAGGUUCCGAAGUUGGGCAUCCCAGGGUCUGCAAAGAGGUUGAGGAUAAAGGAGAAGGCAGUGCUAACAGAUGUGUUCACUAAAUAUGGAUUGAAAACUGCUGCGGCUUCAGCGAAAGAGAGUUGAGCUAUGGUAUUUCCAUUAUUCAAACUGCAAUGCGGAGUUCGGUAGCUUCACUAGCUGUCUGUUGUAAUUUGUGUUCUUCCGACCCCAUUCUAGUUCAUCUGGAACACUAAAUCUUCGAAAUCAGUCAACUUUUCUGGUCGUAUUAUCCCAGCCUUUUCACGGCUUCACGCAUAACAUUUUUGGGUUGGAAAGAACUAGGUUAGAAAGAAUAAGAGUUUUUAGUGUUACUUUCAAAACUAGUCUCUGUAAUAUGAAGUGUUACUAGUGGCUCUAUGGCAUUCACCGUUUCAAAUAUAUUGUAAGAUUUUCUUUGCUC